UAUAUGGACAGCAGCGUGUUAGCAUGGCGAACUGACAUCUCUCUCUUACAAUCGGCUAUACGAAUAAUUCCGAUGCCACCAUCAGAUAGAGAUUAUCUGUCGUCGACAAUGGCUUCAUGCUUAACAGCGUCCAAACUUGAUGGAGUACUUUUUGGUUUGAUGAUUGCACACAGACAUGUAGCAGCAUUCGUUAGAUUGAAACGUUACGCACUACAUCCACGGGACACCCACAUCCUGCUUAACUUGAUCUCCGGCAACACCUCACUUCGAAUCUCGGAGGCACAAACGUGGACACCCAUUUGUCUGCCGAAUUUCAAUGACAAGUAUAUUCAUAAACUCCCUCUGCUCGGAAUAAUAGGCUAA